CAAGAUAAAUUAAAUUUUUCAUGUGGUUUGUUCAAAUUUAUUAUAAAUCGAUUUUUUUAGAAUAUAUUACUUUUGCUCACAAAAAAUAAGAUAAAAAUGGGUUCAUUCUUUAGUCAUAUUUUAAAUAAUAAUAACACUCAUUAAAAAGAUGCUUCAAAGUCGAAAAUAUAAACUAUUCAAGAUAAACAAAUUAAGGCGGCUAGUACUUAUUAAAUGUCUGAAAAGGAUAAAAUUAUUUUAGACUUAAAAAAGGUUCAAGAUUAACUAAAUAGACGUAUUAAGUAAAUGGAAAAUAAUGCUAAUGAUUGUCAAGCGAAAGCAAAAGAGCAUUUGCUAAACAAAAAUAAAAUUAGAGCUAAAUAUGCCCUUUAAGCAAAGGCUAUAUAUGAAAAAUAAAUAGAAGGUAUUCUCAAUUAAGAUGUCCACAUAACUAAAACAAUUAGGUAAGUAUAGGAAAAAUUUGAUUAAUUAGAUGUCUCAAAUACCCUUUAAGCAGCUAAUAAGCUAAUGAAAGAUAUAGAUAAGGCUAUUGAUGUUGAUGGAAUGCAGGAUGCUAUAGGAAAUUUAUAAGAAUUAGAAGCUAACAACUCCAGAUUUGAUGAGCUUUAUAACUAAUAUGUCUCAACUGAUAAGUAAGAAAUAGAAAUAAAGCUUAAAGAAAUGGAAGUAGAAAUCUUUGAGAGUGAUCUAAAGUAAUAUGAGAUAAUUACAUAAAAGCCAUUGUUCUAAGAAGAAGCUAUUUAAUAAUAAUAACAACAACCAAUCAGUUAAUAAAAAUAACAAGCACAAGAUUAAUACUAACAAUAAGAAUAAAAGCAAAAUGAUGAAAUAGAUGAUCAACUUGCUAUGCUAGCUUGA